CAUAUAUGGAGUUUAUAUCUACAUAUGCUCUUCACAGAGUCUGCCUUGUUGCUACGGUAACCCAGAGCGGACUAACCAUUCGUCCACCGUAGUUCUUCUCCACGCUCGGCGAGGAGAGAAGUUUCCGUUGUUUGCACCUUUAUUUUGAAAAAAGGGCCUCCGUUUGCAGAAGUUAGCUCGGAGAACAUAUUGUUGCUGUAGCAUUACGUAACACAACAUCUCUUUGCAUGUCGGGGGAUCUAUUGGAAAAAAAACGUUGUAUUUUCAUCACAUCGAGCGCACGGGAGACGUUUCAGUCGGUUGCAAUCUGCAAACUCACCACUAGAUGUCGCACAAGCCCACACACGCCACAUUUAAGAAAAAGGCAUCCUAAGAAAUACGAGUUUAAUGACCUACGUUAUCAAUUUAAUUGACAUAUGCACAGGAUGGUUUACACAUUCUCCAUUACAAUUAGCUUCAAAUGACACGCACCAGUAUUAAUAGGUGGUAGUUGUUAGAUAAUACUGGAACCAUAUGUUCCAGUAUUUACACAGGUCAGGGAGCCCUGAAUUAGCUGGUGCAGCAACCAAGCUGAUAACACUUUUAUUAGGCAUGUGAUGCCGUGUGUGUGUGUGUGUGUGUGUGUGUGUGUGUUUGUUUUGUGGAUACUCGCUGCACCUUAUGCAAAGACGCCCUGCGGCCUUCUCACCAACGUUUUGUUUAUCUGCAUUGGUCACGGUUCACAUGACUUAGUGUUGACGACGGACUCAGUUCAGAUUAUUCGUAUUAUUUUAGUUUUGGGGGUGUUUUCCUUUCGCAAAAUAACCACAACAGCUUUUGCAUGUUUUUUUUUUAAAUUGAAUUGACUGGAAUCGUAUUUUUAACACGUAGAAAGUGAGUAAAAACAUUUAAAAACCUUCUAUCAGUCAGAAGUAAUCCAUUCAUCUCUUUUUAUCUCUUAUUUCAAACCAGAACGUUCUCCUUGACGGCGACUCGUUAAACGAUUAUUCGUCCGUACGCCGCGGUUCGUACAUUGUGGUUUAAAUGUCGUAACGACCUCUGAAGUGUUUGUCACGGGUCACUGAGCUCGUCUGAGGAUGUAUUUGCAACAGAAAGCCACACUGUUGGCUUUUUGGAGUGAACGUAUAUGUUUCUGAGGUCAUUGUUUUGGUUUUCUCUCUUCAUCAGCGACUCUCUCGUCCUCCUCGGUCCAGUCAGAAAGAGCGUCUCCGUCACUGUUUGUAACAUUGAUGAAAAACCAGCCCGCUAAACGACUUGCUCGGUGUUACUCGGCUUCCAGGAGACGUCUUCACGAGGCGACACACGAUAACCACGAGUGCUGUUUAUCAGACAAACAAAGAAUUAGCCUCAGGGCCUUUGCUCCACCAAGUGAAUCCUUACAUUUGCACUACUGAAGUCGGUCCACUCCUGUUUGUCUAAACCGAGAUCCAGCAAAGGGCUUCAUGUAAGAAGAAGAAGAAGGAGGAUAAAAUCAUCCGAAUUGCUUGAAAACAGCAACGAGCGAAACACAAAGUAGUAAAUAAAAGAGGAACCCCGAGUGGCCGCCAUGUUCCAGCGCCUGAGCAACCUGCUGUUCGGGGAGGUGGAGGAGGUGGCGGCGGAGCUGAAGGGACCCAAGCCCUGCGUGACGGAGGCCGACGAGGAGGGGUGGCUGCUCGUCAACCUGCCUGGGUCUGAGGCUGUGACGGGACCCCCGGCGAGUGCACAAUCCCUCCCAGAUAGCAACCAAUCGAAUCCUCACGUCACACGCACGAGGACCGACUGCCCGGCCCCGGUGUCCCCCCACCCGCCUCACAAGCGCCGCAGGACGCACCGGGGCCGGGCGGCGCCGUCGGACCCCUCGUUUCGCCCGAGCGCGUCGCUCUCGGGCGCGGUGACCCCGCCGAGACGGGCCGGGCUGCCCACGCCCUCCUGCACCCCGUCGGUGUCCCCCGGCUCCGGGAGUGAGUGCGGGGGGGGUCGCGGGAGAGGCUGCAUGGAUGAGAGCUGGUUUGUCACCCCUCCCCCCUGUUUCACUGCAGAGGGCGCCACGGCGGAGGCCAGCCCGAUGGAGGACCUGCUCAUCGAGCACCCCAGCAUGUCCGUGUACGUCUCCCCGAGCAGCUUCUCCAUGGUCUCCACCGUCAACCUGUCCGUGGUGGGAGAGGAGAGCAUGGUCAGCCUGGCAGGCAGCGUGAGCAGGGUGGCAGAACCAGCCUCCGCCCCCGCCACCCGCGGCACCGUGCCCACCAGGGUGAGCCGUGGAGCAGCCGCCCAGGCUGGAGCUCUGGCCAAGGUCACCCAGGUGGCCCGGGUCCAGCGCGGCAAAGCCCGCAUGGAGCGACGCCACCUGGGCCGCAACCGCAUCCAACGGCAAAACCGCACCAGGGAGCAGGUCCCUCGCCACGCGGGCCACGCCCGGAACACCUUCCUCCACCAGCCCAGCAAGCGCAACAUCUGCCACUGAACUCUAGGGGGCGUCGUUCACACCGAGGGCAUUAGCAGAGCGUCGGCACCUCCACGCCAGAUUAAAUGUAUUCACUCCUGGCAAUUUUGUUUCUGCUUUAAUUUCUGCACAUUAUAUUCAAAAGUACACUCAGAUACCAGUAGACCCGUAGCUUUUCUUUUGGGUCCCUCCCGGUGGUUUGAUGCCCUGUUGUGAACCAAGCGCUCUGAGGAGGUCUGUGUCGACCGUUUAAAUACUUGUUGUCCAUUGCAGUAUCCAAACAAGAAAAAAACUACAAAAAAAGGUUAUACUUAGAAAGAAUAAUGUCUGAAAAACCACGACAAGUUUAGCAUUCUUAGUGAAGUAUUAUGUUUCAUUUCACUCUUCCCCAAGGCAUGUUUCUUUUUAUUAUUAUUUAUUAAUUCAAUCAUGAAGUUUUACAUUUUUGAACAAUUUAAAUAAACCGCGUGUACUUUAAGACGUUUUCCGACGGUAACCAUGGAGACGGAGAUGAGGCAACCCUUCGUAAACAACCGAGUGUCUCACUUUCUUUUUGUUUUAAUUCAGAAACAGACAUCAUUAUUAAAAACAGGCCGGCUAGUUAGCGAGCUAGCUUCUCCACGGGCGGCGGGCUACUUCCAUCAUGCUUUCAUGCUACUCUGGUGGCAGGAACCGAGUCGUGGAAAGUCGUCACUCAUUCGAUUAGAAUGGGAACGCCUGUUAUACUCCCAUUCUGUUCCUGUGACACUUAUAUUAUAUAGUCUCUCUCUCUCUCUCUGUUCCACCAGGAGAAACUACACUUCUGGCUUUUAAAGCCAACAAAAAUAGCAAAAAGAGAAGAUCGCUCACACGGCAUGACGAUCACAUAGACGUAAAGUGUGUGUGUGUGUGUGUGUGUGUGUGUGUGUGUGCGUGUGAGCUGAGAUCUUACGUUAUCCAUGUUGAACACCAAAAGAAAAAAAGGAAAGUCCGUCCUUUUAUUUGUACAUUUUGGUUGAAAAGGUCCCUGAGGAGAAAAGGGGCGGAGCCUCCAACAGCCUGACCAAUAGCGGUCCUCCCCCCCCCCCAUUGGACACAUUCAGGACAUCCUCUUGCAUGAGGUGGUGCAGGUGCAACCCCGUUACCGCCCCCUCCUUACGGAUAUGUAUUCAACAACAAUAGUAAACAAUGGUGCUGACUAACGCUUGUAAAUUAUUUGAGACGUGGAUGUAAGUUGUGAGUCAAAGUUUUAGCGGCGUGCCGUGAGCUUGUUUUUAUUUUAUUUAUUUUUCUUCUUUUGUGAUGUUUUGAUUCAAAUUGUGUGUGAGAAAGUGUACACCGACACAUUAAACGCAAAAACAAAAAACUCUUAAAAAAAACAACAACAACAUGAAUAAUGGUGAUUUAUUCCCUCUUGUAAAUAUUACAGAAACAUUUGAUAACGUCUCCGGUGGGCCAACACGUGCACGUCGUUGCCCUUCGAAUGCAGUUUCUUUUUUAGUUUUUUUUUUUAGAUUGCACCGUGAAUAA